AAGUUCCCGUUUCUCAGGAACAAACAAAUGAUGUCGACAACAUAGUGUAAAGUAAAAAAAAAACCACUAGAAUAUUGCCCUGGCAUGACAAAAUGUUUACUAAACAGGAACAGUUUCAAAAAAGCUUCGUGCUCUCCAGGGAGCGCCACUUAGUCGAGAAGAUUUUGUGGGCGUUGGAGCUUUAACUUUUUAACGGAUCGCCCGUUGGGCUUUCAUAAACAGAUUAAAUCUCACAAAAAUACGCGUCGGCUGCGUUUUCUCCAAGAGCCAACGGAAGUGUCUGAGUGGUGUUAAGAGGAGUAACUGGCAGUUGUCGGGGCUCAGAGGCGGAGUCUACAGUACGUGGACACUGAACAACCCCGGUCUUUAAAGAAGACACUCGUCUUUCUCAAGAGCUGCGGCGUUGAGGCACCAGCCGAGAGCUUUGCGGUGCGCUGGAGAGUCACCGACAGUUGCCCCUACGCUGAAUGGAAGAACACAAACGACUUUGGAGUGUUUUAAAAUUAAGGACCGAGACAUUGUUUUUUGAAAAAAAAACGGCUGAUUUGAGAAGGAUUGCACGCACCUGGGUGAUGUUUCUUCUCAGCGUGUGCCUGUUCUGUGGGACCUUGGUGUCAUCGAUCUGGGGGCUGGAAUUCCGUUACCAUGACAGUGCCGAAAUCGAACAGUACCUGAAAGCAGUCAACAAAAACUAUUCUUCCUUCACACACUUGCAUAGUAUUGGAAAAUCUGUGGAAGGAAGGGACCUCUGGGUUCUCGUUCUUGGAAGAUUCCCAACCCAACACAAGAUUGGGAUCCCGGAGUUCAAGUAUGUGGGUAACAUGCAUGGCAAUGAGGUGGUGGGGAGAGUGUUGCUGCUUCAUUUGAUAAACCAUCUCACGUCGAACUACAUGACAGACCCCAUCAUCACCAAGCUCAUUGACAGCAGCCGCAUCCACAUCCUGCCUUCCAUGAACCCUGACGGGUUUGAGGCCUCCAGCCACGACUGUGUGUAUUCUGUGGGAAGGUUCAAUAAGAAUGGCAUCGACCUGAACCGAAACUUUCCCGAUGCCUUCAUGGAGGACAGGCGACCCCGGGAGCCCGAGGUGCAGGCAGUGAUGAACUGGGUACACUCGGAGCCAUUCAUCCUGUCGGCAAACCUGCAUGGUGGAGCAGUGGUGGCCAGCUACCCCUACGACAACAGCAACGGAGGAGCUGAACUGCAGAAGGGGUUCAGUAUAUCGCCAGACAAUGACAUUUUUGUCCACCUUGCUAAAACCUACUCCUUUAACCACACUUUGAUGCACAAGGGCAACAACUGUGAUCAGACGAAGGCUUUCAAAGACGGUAUUACUAAUGGAUACUACUGGUACGCCUUACCAGGGGGUAUGCAGGAUUACAACUACGUCUGGGGGCAGUGUCUGGAAAUCACUCUGGAGGUAUCAUGUUGCAAGUAUCCCCCCAUAACAGAACUCCCAGGACUCUGGGCAGCGAACAAACCUGCACUGCUGGCCUACAUGCAACAGGUCCACCUGGGUGUGAAGGGGCAGGUAUUUGACUCCAAUGGAUCUCCAAUACAAAAUGCUUUGGUGGAAGUGGAAGGGAGGAACAACCUCUGCCCCUUCAAAACUGACAAGAAUGGGGAGUACUACAGACUCCUCUUACCUGGGAAUUACAAACUGAAGGUCACCGUCCCCGGCCAGGAGCCCAUAAAGACGACGUUACACAUCCCAGACGGGCCUGAGAAAUUCUCGGCCCUGAGAUAUGAUUUCAUCGCUCCACGGCCUGUAGUCAGCGCUGACCCCUCUGACCCCACGAGAGCAUGCACCUCCCGCAUACGGAGGCUCCCUGACCGCAGCCGAGCUGCCCCGGGGCUGCACUCCGGCGGCCUCUUCUUGCUCAUACUGGCGCUCUGCAGACUCCUGCUGUGAGACAUGCCCUGUUACCACGGUCUUUCCUGUGCUUCACUUUAUCCGAGACCCUCCCACGUACAGGAAUCACCUGCAGCACUCAUACCUUAAUUCAUGCAGGUAUAGGGUGCUAAAAGACUUCACUGUGGGAGCACGUCUUUAAAGUAACAGCCUAGGAUCCACAGGAGCUGGACAUCAAACCCCAACAACAGCACGAGUGUUAAGAGAGUUACCGGUCAGAACAGACUGAAUAAGCUGCAGUAAUAUUCAGCUACUGCUUCUGACAACCUGCUCUUUGGAAACGUAUUUCACCCCAAAUCAAGGAUAGUUUUCUAACAGGGCUUAAUGGCUUCAGGCUACAGCGUUCUCCAUGAUGCGAGUGUGUGCGGUGCUAUUCUUUUUUUCCCCCUGUGAUCCUGGCUGUAGAAAAUGCUGUGUUCAGCUAAUUAUUGCCACCAGCUGAAAAGGGCACUGAGGGCACAAGAGGACUAUGGAAAUACACAAUAAAACACAGCGCAGAUCCUUUGAGAACCUUGAAAAGUACAAAUCUGAAACAUCCCACCAAUAUGCAAUGAACAUACAUUGGAAUCAAGCAGGUUGCUUUCCAGUCAUAUUUAUUUUAGUAGACAUUAUUAGAGACCUUCAUUCUCGGAUGCCAAUGUGACUCGCAACCAGAUAUUUUAAAUUUGACUUGUGUCACUUGAAUUCCUGGUAAUUCAGUGCUGAAUUACUCAAGAAUACUGGAUUGAGAGCAUGUUACCCCAUGGUUAAGAAUUUGUUAAUAAGCUUUUCCACCUACUGCUGUUAAUUACAAUUAUUUAAAAUGUACUACCUGUUUUGCUUACAUUUUGUCUAAAGAAAAAUGAAAAAUAGCAUGAGCCUCACAAUAAAAUAUUUGAACAGUUUUUAAUAAGAUGAUGACAAUGAUUUUCGUGAAUAGAAAUAAAUCUGAAAUAGAAUAAUAUGUAGUCCAGGUCUGGUUAUAACAUGGAAGCCAAACUGCAAAUAGUCACCCCACAGGACUAAGCGGGAAAAAAAAACAGUAGAUCCUUUUUGGAAAAAAAAAAACAAAUUCCUGAAGUGCUUUGAAUUUUAAAAUCACAAACGGGGAUCUCAGAUUAAAAUGCAAUGCAUUCCCAACAAUAUCUACGAGGUAAAGGCUCAGUGUUGUGAUAAGUAUGAUAAGGUUUUCAUCUGCAAUACCUCAAAACUAAAAAUAAGGUCUGUGCUGAUGUGUGGCACUUUACUAGCACUGUACGCAGUGCAUUACAUUUAGAAAUGAAACGAGCUCCUUAACAGUAGUGUAGUGGUCAGCAUUGCUGCCUUGCAGCACUGGGGCCCUGGGUUCGAUUUUGGACACGAGGUGCUGUCUGUGUGGUGUUGCUGUGUUCUCCUGGUGUUCAUGUGGGUUUCCUCCUACAGUCCAGAAGUGAUUUGAAAUUGGAUGACUGUCUUAAAUCAAGAUUCUUUGUGAAAUGAAAGCCUUUUAUAUACCUGUUGUUCACAUAUGGAUACAGUAAGAAUGAUGUAUUCCCUUACAUUAAGUAUUAAUUCUAAAAAAGCAUCUAAAUGUUAUUAGUCUAAAAUGCUGUGUAAAGAUGACCAAAUAAUGCAUCUUAAUCAUAUCUGCCUUCAUGUAUUAAAUAUUUUGUAACCAACAAAUUUCCAUACCUCAAUGUCAUCAAAGAUUUGUUACAAACAAAUAACUACCAAAAAGUGUGACUGGAGCACAGGUUCCCUCACCUCAGUUUAAUUCCAGUACACACCAAAUGUUGGUAAAAAAUGACAGAAUCUUAAAUGGUCAGUUUUCUCUUUGCCAACUUUUUCUACAGGUUUAGCCAGCAAUGGGUCCGUACUUGGCUUUUCUUGGCCAAGAACCAUGCUGACUGACUCCUAAGGUUUCUGGAUUAGUGCAGAACAGGAGCUUCAGACUGUCUGAAUCCUGAUCAGUUUGCACACAGAGUGCUUCCACUGGUAGUUUACCUAUGUGCAGAUAAUUGUCCUCACUGUGGUACAUGAACAGCAGUACAGUAAACUCUACUGAAAAAUCCAUUAGAUAAUCAUUCAACAAUUUAUAGGAUUAUCAUCAGAUAUUCACAAAAACAAAGGCCUGAGUAAAUUAUUUCAAAGUUCCUUUAUUGUCAAAUAAUUUGCUAAAGAACAGAAUGAUUCUUAAAACCAUAAAAUAUGUAAUAAUUUGGGAAAUGACUAAUUGGCAAAUGAAUUGAUAAUUCCUUGGGCAUAGUGUAUAUUUAAUUUAAACAUGAAAACAUUAACAUAUAGCGCUUUUUAACUCAAAAGAUGAAUCAAUCUCUGAAGGGUUGCAGCCACCAGGGUGAUUAUAUGCCAACAGCCCCACUACUCAACCAAUAAAGUGACAACCUGCUUCAUCAACUGAAUUAAGAGGGAACUUUGGAAAAGCAAGACUGAACAAACCCAGAGUAGAACUGAGCCAGGACACCUAUUUUUUCUAAAACUGCAAAGGACCAAGGAGUCACAAACUUGGUUAAUGUCUAAUCUGGAAGACAGCGCCACCUACAGCAUAGUGCCAUAGUGCCAGUGGGGGAAACUGAGAAUGGUGGCCCAGAGGAAAGAGCACCACCUAUUGGUCGUAACAGCACCAGCAGCAGUUCAGCUGUUGCAGUGGACUUGAUUUAAGUUUUUUAAAAAUUUUCAUUGAUUUAUAUGUAAUAUUUCAUUGUGAUCAUUUAAAACUGAGAUAUAUAUAUAUAGUUUAUAUAUGCAAAAUGACUGGGAACAUACCAGGUUUGCAGGCUUGAUUCAUUAUGAACCAUAUCGAGGCCCUGAUCAACAUUACCUUGUUACAAUCUCAGUAUAAUGAAUGUAAAAAAACAAGGAUGAAGAACAAUUUGUUAUCAGGAGCUACCUUUUAAAAAAAGAGGCAGUUAGGCCAAAAUAAUACUAGUAAACUCUUAUUGGAUGAUUUGUUAGAUGUCUUUUAAAGUUAGAAGAUAACAUUUCAUUCAGGGGCUGCAGAUAAUAGUCUAUACAAAUAUGGGGAUAUUAUUUUGUUUUUGAAUAUUUUAAAAUUAAUACACACCUGUUAGCAAAACAUCAUAAAGACUAAAGUGUGGGCGACAUUACAGCCACAUAGCAAAAAUGUAAAUCAAUUGAGGGUCAAUAAAAGCAACGCAUGAGAAUUACUGAGAAGCACAGUUUUUUGCUUUCAAGUAAUCUUUUCUGUGGAAAGCCUGCUGGAGAGCAGGAUUAUCCCCUGCAUGUGCUGUAAUGCAGUGAUUAUGGCAAGAUAACAGUUGUAUGAUUUGUAAAGCAUACACAUGUGUUAUCUUUAAACAUACCCAGAUCUAAAUCCAAGGACUGCAAUGUAGACGAUAAGAACAUAAGAACAGCUACCAAGGAGAGGAGGCCAUUCAGCCCAUCUGGGUAGAAAGUAGCUAAUUGAUCCAUUAACCUCAUCUGCCAUUUACUGCAAGAAGCCAGGGAAUCAGUUUCAAUAACACAGCGAGUUCCAUUCUCCCACAACUCUCUGGGUAAAGUAGUGCCUUUCUGUUCUCAUUUUCACAGACGUGGUUUUCACUAGUUCAUUUUUCACAGUUCAUGCCGAAAAUGAUCAUGAGUAAUUUUUUUUUACCCAUAACAUAUUUAGCCUAUUCAAUUUGGAGUUAAAAAUACAAGCAUUGUGAAACAUGUUGGCUGGUAGUUUAUGAGUUUCUGAAAUAAGCUAGUCACUAAGUUUAAUGCAAUAAAGCAGUUGUUUUUGGCAAUUUAUAAUUCAGUUCACAGGCGUUUUUACUUGCAAUUUAAGCAUAUUAAUCACUUUUAUUUUGUAGUGUUUGUCACUGUCACUGUAUCUGUCACCAUUUAACAUUUGUUUUUGUCACAUUCACCAACGAAAAAGCAAGAGCACUCUAUAAAUAGCACACGGAGAAAAAACACAUGCAAACAGUGCUCUACCAGCUGUAUUUGUUUAUGACUCUACCUCACCAUGUCCUCAGAUUGUAAAACUUCCCAAUGUGCCUUAAGGACAGCAUUAAACUGUUCAGAACAGAAUAAACUCAGCUCUGGCUUCAA